AGUAGCAGAGCCAGGAACUGAACCCAGGUCUCCUCAGGCCUUGGUCUAGGCCUGUACGCUAUCCUCUAAGCCACACUGCCUCACCUGGUCAGGUUUUGUGCUCCAGGCCUAACUGCUGUCCCCUGGGGUUAGCUUCUGAAGCCAUCAGUCCAGUGCCACGUCAAGGAACGGGCUCCUCCUUCUAGUUCUGAGCAGCUGACCAAUCCGUGGCUGUGCGAGGGGCUCACUGCCCCUCUCUAUCCCAGGUGCCUUGACGCAAGCGAUCCGAAAUUUUGCAAAGAGUCUGGAAAACUGGUUAACCAACGCAAUGAUGAAUAUUCCUGAAGAGAUGGUCCGAGUGAAGGUGGCAGCAGCAAGUGCCUUUGCCCAGACUCUGCGGCGAUACACCUCCCUGAAUCACCUUGCCCAGGCCGCCCGGGCUGUAUUACAGAAUACGGCCCAGAUCAACCAGAUGCUGAGCGACCUCAAUCGGGUAGACUUUGCAAACGUCCAGGAGCAGGCCUCAUGGGUAUGCCGCUGUGAGGACCGGGUGGUGCAGCGCCUGGAGCAGGAUUUCAAGCUGACCCUGCAGCAGCAGAACUCCCUGGAGCAGUGGGCGGUAUGGCUGGACGGGGUGGUCACCCAGGUCCUCAAGCCCCACCAGGGCAGCUCCAGCUUCCCCAAGGCCGCCAAGCUUUUCCUCCUCAAGUGGUCCUUCUACAGCUCCAUGGUAAUCCGGGAUCUGACCCUGAGGAGCGCCGCCAGCUUCGGCUCCUUCCAUCUCAUCCGGCUCCUCUACGACGAGUACAUGUACUACCUGAUAGAGCACCGAGUGGCCCAGGCCAAGGGAGAGACCCCCAUCGCUGUCAUGGGAGAGGUGGGUGCUGCUCCAUCAAAGCUUCAUGGGGAGAUUUCAGAGCAGAGGGCUCUGUCAUCCAGCAGACAAGGCAGAACCAGACCCCAUGGCUGGCAGCCAAAGCUGGACAAGUUCAUACUGGAAAGAAGGGGCAAAUUUUUAACUGGGAGGGGAAUUAACCAUUGGACCAGCUGCCCUGCACCCGGUGGAUUGUCCAUCACUUGCCCUCUUUCAGUCGACAUGGGCCGUCUUUCGGAAACAUCAUUACAGUUCAGCAGGAUCCUGGGGCAGGAGUGUGGUACCGGAGGUCAGAAUGGUCCUUUCUGACCUCAGAUCAAUUCAUCCCAUUCCCUCAAAACCCAGGGGCGCUGGGCAGCACCAGCUUAGAAAA